CCCUUGUGGUUACAUUGGGCCCUCCUGGAUCAUCCAGGACAACCUCCCAGCUUCAAGACCCUUAAUCCCAUCGUAACACGUACCCAGGUUCUUCUCGCUGUUUCCCGGUGGGACCCUCUGCUUCCGCGGGAGUCCUGCACAGGGACUGAAGGACUCGUGCUUGUAGUUGUCUUGCAGACCGGAGAGAGCGCGAGCGAGUGCUUCUGUCUGCGGUGCCCGGCGGUGGGGAACGUGGAAGGUGGCGUGGCCACGGGGCAUUACGUGAUCUGCUGGAAGAGGACCUCGGCCGCGGACAGCCUCCCUGCCAUCAGCACCGCCAUCACCCUGCCGCACGUGAUCGUGGAGAGCAUCCCCCUGCACGUGAGCGCAGACCUGCCGUCGUUUGGCCGAGUCAGGGAAUCGCUGCCCGUCCGGUAUCACCUGCAGAACAAGACCAGCCUGGUUCAGGACCUGGAGGUCUCCGUGGAGCCCAGCGACGCCUUCAUGUUCUCGGGCCUUAAGCAGAUUCGGUUACGGAUCCUACCUGGCACCGAACAGGAAAUGUUAUACAACUUCUACCCUCUCAUGGCCGGAUACCAACAGCUGCCAUCUCUCAACAUCAACUUGCUUAGAUUUCCCAACUUCACAAACCAGCUGCUCAGGCGUUUCAUACCGACCAGUAUUUUUGUAAAGCCACAGGGCCGACUCGGGGACGACGCCUCCAUCGCCGCUGCGUGACGUCCUGCCGGGCCUGGCCGUGCUCGCAGACGCUGGACAGAGCUCCCUGAGGCUUUCAUUCCGAGCUGUAGCGUUGAUCGUGGUGAACGUUAAUCUUUAUUUUUUAAUGGAUGUUAUACCAUCUAUUCAGAGGAAC